AUGACUUCAGUAUACAGCAACGAGGCCACCUCCCUGAGCCAGAGAUUCGAAUAUCAAAAUUCAACUCAUAGCUUCAGAGUCCAAUGGCGUUCACUAGGCAACCCAACAUUGCCACCACUGAUCUUCAUCCACGGCACGCCGUGGUCCUACAGACUCUGGGUGCCGUUUGCGAUAUCUCUCUCUCGUAAUUUCCACGUCUAUCUGUUCGACAGACCGGGCUUCGGGGACUCGCCUCCUGAACAACGCCUACCAGGAACAGGAACAGGAACAACCAGCAAAGCAGAGGAACUAGACUCCGAUCUGGCGCGCCAAUCCGAAGUCUUCGCCGCGCUCUUCAAGUCCUGGCAGCGCGACUGGCCCAGCCAAAAAGCCAACAUAGUAGCUCACGAUAACGCAGGCUUGGUCAGCCUACGAGCGCACCUGCUCCACGACUGCCAGUACGCAAGUCUGUGUCUGAUCGACGUGGUUGCCAUAGGACCAUUCGGUCAGUCGCUUUUCGACGUCGUUGCCGAUGAUCCUGGUUACUUUGAGCGGCUUCCUGAUAUGGCGUUUGAGGGGAUCUUGGAGAGUUAUAUUCGCAAUGCUGCGUUUUAUGAAUUGUCGAAGGAGGUUAUGGGUAUGUUGAAGGCGCCUUGGAUGAGAGAGGGGGGUAGAGUGGGUUUUCUGAGAGAGCUGUGUCAGGCGAACUUGAGGUCUACGGACGCUGUUGAAGGGAGGUAUGGUGAAGUUGGGGGCAAUGUGCCUGUUAAGGUUAUUUGGGGGGCUGAGGAUCUGUGGAUUCCCGUGGAGAGUGCUGGGAGAUUAGGGAGUGCUCUGAGGGCUAAGGAGGUUGUUGUUAUUGAGAAUGCUGGGCACCUUAGUAUGCUUGAUCAGCCUGGGCAGUUUGGUGUUGAGUUAGGGAUAUGGUUGGGCCUUUUUGAGAAACAUUGA